UGCACGACAGCAUCUCCGAGGAAGGGUUCCACUACCUGGUCUUUGAUCUGGUCACGGGUGGGGAGCUGUUUGAGGACAUCGUGGCCAGAGAGUACUACAGCGAGGCGGAUGCCAGUCACUGCAUCCAGCAGAUCCUGGAGGCGGUUCUCCACUGCCACCAAAUGGGGGUCGUCCACAGGGACCUCAAGCCCGAGAACCUGCUCUUGGCCAGCAAGUGCAAAGGGGCGGCCGUGAAGCUGGCGGACUUCGGCCUGGCCAUCGAGGUGCAGGGGGACCAGCAGGCAUGGUUUGGGUUCGCCGGCACGCCAGGCUACCUGUCCCCGGAGGUCCUGCGCAAGGAGGCCUAUGGCAAGCCAGUGGACAUCUGGGCGUGCGGGGUGAUCCUGUACAUCCUGCUUGUGGGCUACCCACCCUUCUGGGACGAGGACCAGCACAAGCUGUACCAGCAGAUCAAGGCAGGAGCCUACGACUUUCCAUCCCCCGAGUGGGACACGGUCACUCCUGAAGCCAAAAACCUCAUCAACCAGAUGCUGACCAUCAACCCCGCCAAGCGCAUCACGGCACACGAAGCGCUGAAACACCCGUGGGUCUGCCAACGCUCCACCGUGGCCUCCAUGAUGCAUAGGCAGGAGACUGUGGAGUGCUUGAAAAAGUUCAAUGCCCGGAGGAAGCUCAAGGGCGCGAUCCUCACCACCAUGCUGGCCACGAGAAAUUUCUCAGUGGGCAGACAGACCACCGCUCCGGCCACAAUGUCCACCGCGGCCUCCGGCACCACCAUGGGGCUGGUGGAACAAGCCAAGAGUUUACUCAACAAGAAGGCGGAUGCGGUGAAGCCCCAGACAAAUAGCACCAAAAACAGCGCCGCUGCCACCAGCCCAAAGGGGACACUUCCUCCGGCUGCCCUGGAGUCAUCGGACAGCACUCACACCACCAUAGAGGAUGAGGACACAAAAGCCCCCAGGGUCCCUGACAUCCUGAGCUCCGUGGGGAGGGGCUCGGGGGCCCUGGAAGCUGAGGGCCCCCUGCCCGCUCUGUCCCCCAGGCUCUCUGACAUCCUGAACACGGUGAGGAGGGGCUCAGGGGCCCCGGAAGCCCAGGGCCCCCCACCCUGCCUAUCUCCAGCUCUCCCAGGCCCCCCGCCCACCCUGUCGCGGAAGCAAGAGGUCAUCAAGAUCACGGAGCAGCUCAUCGAGGCCGUCAACAACGGGGACUUCGAGGCCUAUGCGAAAAUCUGUGACCCAGGCCUGACCUCGUUCGAGCCUGAAGCUCUGGGCAAUUUGGUCGAAGGGAUGGACUUCCACAGAUUCUACUUCGAGAACCUGCUCGCCAAGAACAGCAAGCCCAUCCACACGACCAUCCUGAACCCGCAUGUGCACGUCAUCGGGGAGGACGCCGCGUGCAUCGCCUACAUCCGCCUGACGCAGUACAUCGAUGGGCAGGGCCGGCCCCGCACCAGCCAGUCCGAGGAGACGCGCGUGUGGCACCGCCGCGACGGCAAGUGGCAGAACGUGCAUUUCCACUGCUCGGGCGCGCCCGUGGCCCCGCUGCAGUGAAGAGCUGCGGCUGGCUUCGCGGGACAGACUCGGUGUUUGGAGCCCGGCCGCCCUCCCGCGGCCUGCCUGUCGCAUGUUUGUGUCUGCCUCGUUCCUCCCCUGGUGCCUGUGUCUGCAGAAAACCAAGACCGGAUGUGAUUUCUUUUUAACAACAAGAUGACAACCACCACAAAAAAAAAAUUGAUGUUGGAUGAAACAGGAGAAAAAAACAAAGGAAAAAGCUGUAAAAAUCACUGGCAUUUGUGGGGCUUCGAACCGACGGGCACUCCCCACCCACGCCCCAUGUGUCUGUCCGCUCCUGGCCCCUUGGGGACCAGUGGGGCAGUGACCUUGUCCACAGGGGCCGGGCCGAGGAACGGUGUUUGUUAGGUGGCGCUCCCCCCCCAGGCGUCUGCAUCCCCCCGCCGUGCAUGGCUGCCGUCAGGAGUGUCGGCCACCUGGGGCCAGGGGGACCUGAGCACGGCUGUUCCCCUCCCUUCCUCUCAUGCCCCCAGCAUGGAUGAGCAGUGCAGAGGCUGGGCCGGCCCCCGGGGGCCCGAUGAGCCAUCUGAGAAGCCCCUGUGGGCCCAGGGCUCCCGCUCUGGUUCCUCCAGGGCCAGGGAGGUGCAGACCUCACGCCUGGCAGGAGACUGGCUGAGAGGACACUGUUGGCGACAGCCCCGUCGGGAGGGGAACCCUUGGACCGGCCUCCCUCCUGUUCGGGGUGCCUCCCCUUCUGCCCACCUCCCCCCUCACCGGGCCGGUGUGGCCACAGAGGGGCUCUGGGCUUGAUCAAGACGCAGUAAGGGGAGAGGGGUCAGAAGGCGGGUGAGUGGUGCCCCGGGCUCCCAGGCUGGGGUGGGUAUGGCAGGUGUUUGCGGAUAGUGCUUUUGAAGUCUAGGCCCGGAGCAGAGGGAGGAAGGGCUACCCUGGGCCUGAGGGGCAGGGCACCGUGGGCCCCCUGCCAGGCCUCUCCAGGCUGCAGUCUGUGACAGGGACCCCAGGAUAAGGAGAAGACGGGCUGGGUCCAUCGUGAGGUCCCCUGCGUGCUGGUGGGCACCGUGGUGAGGCUCGGGGAUGGGCCCCGUGGUCAGAUGGCAGCAGAGACCACCAGGGCAGCUGGCCAGGUGGGUUGGUCAGGGGCUGUGAUCGCAGAGGUGCGGGACCCUGCCGCCCCAACACCUGCCCCUUAAUUCACAUUUUCAACAAGGAUUUUCUUUAUCUUCCCCCACAAAUCAAGCCAAGGGAGGGGCACAGAGUGGGGAACGGGACACAGGAUGCUGGUCUCCAUGGGGACUUGUCCAUCAGCAGACACUCAGAAUGGACACUCACCUGCCCGUCCACGGCUGUGCUCAGGACAGCUGUCCCCACCCAUGGACACAGGGUAAACAUCCGCCAGGCUCCCUGGGCCACAGGCAGCGGCAGGGCUCACCGUGGACAGCGUGUGUGGCCCGGCCACCCUCACCUCCGGGGGCCUCCUCCCCUCCUCCCCUCACCUCUUAUCUCCACGGAGCUGCCUGUCUGGGAUAAUUUGGGGAUUUUUUCUGGGGGAUAGUUCUUUUGCAUGACCCCUCUCGAGCAGGCCACACCUGCUUCUCUAGCUAGACGUCGGAGGUGUGGCCACUCUGCAGAGGGCCGGCUGCCCGCAGUGCUGGCCGG